UGGGUGAGGGGCAAGAGUCAUAGCAGCUAAUCAGCUGAAACUACUUGCACCUGUCUUUUCUUCAUUUACAACACCUUGUGCAGUGCUUCAGCUUUUUUACUGUUGUACAGAAAAGAACUGUCGUCCUGAUAUUUUAAUGUUACCGGUGCUUGACAUUAUACAUUUUAACUUAGGCCUAGUACAGUCAGUGAGUUCUAAAGACAUCUUGGAAGAAGCCUACAUUAUGAAAACUGUAGCUCAGCAGAUGUUCCGGACCUGCAACAAACUCCUCUCUAGAAAAACACCAAAUGAUAUUGUUGAAGCCCAUCCAUCCAACAUUGAAACGGCAGCCCAGAUGGAAACUAUCCAGCAUUUGCCCAGUCCUUCACACCCUCCUGUGGAAUCUAUAAGGGAGUUUGUACACCAUGAAGAAGUAAUGAUGGAGAGGGCCCACCAUGGGGGUGGAUGGCUGCUGUCUGGAAUAAUCUGCAUCAACAUCCUAAUCCUAGGCUGUGCUCUGGUUAGUGGCAGUGCCUUCAACAGUGUAGCCAUUACUGCUGUGCAUCGGCAAAUCCUCCUCAUCAUCCUCCUUCUCCUCACUAUAAUGUGGAUGCUGAUUUACACAUGCUUCACCUACCGAAAGCAUCAAGCGGUCUUGUUCAAAGAUAGUCAUGCUGGGCCUGUAUGGCUCCAAGCUGGGCUUGUGUUGUUUGGUCUACUUAGUCUUCUCAUGGACAUCUUCAAGAUUGCCACUUAUGUGGGCUACCUUCAUUGUGAUUCUGCUGUUAAAGUGGCCUUUCCUGUGGUGCAAGCUGUAUUUUUGUUUGUCCAGACCUACUUUCUGUGGAUUCACGCGAAGGACUGUGUGCAGCUACACACAAAUUUUACACGAUGUGGGCUUACUCUUACGCUUUCAACUAACUUGGUGGUGUGGAUGGCAGCAGUGACUGAAGAAUCGCUUCACCAAACUGAGAUUCCUGAUGUGAAUAUCAGUGUCUCGCACAAGCUGUACAGAGCCAGCUAUGGUGACAAAAAGUGUAUAUGCAGUCACUCAGCGUGUGACACCUUCAAAGAGGCUUUCUACUACCUAUACCCCUUCAACAUAGAAUACAGCCUAUUUGCUUCUGCUAUGGCCUACGUCAUGUGGAAGAAUGUGGGUCGACUUGUAGAAGAACACAGCCACCACAAAGUUAAGUUCUGUCUGAAGGAGGUAUGUUUGGGACCUGUAAUGGGAGUGCUGCUGUUUUUGGCAGGGCUUGUAACUUUUAUAUUCUAUGAGAUUGACAUAUUAAAAGAAGAUGAAAAGAAGAGAAACAGGGCCCUGCUGAUUCAUUUUAUCAUGAAUAUUGUAAUAGUGGCCCUGAUGUCUCUCUCCACUAUGACUGGCUGCAUAGUUUACAGGCUGGACCACAGGGAACAUGUAUCGGAGAAAAACCCCACUCGCAGCCUGGAUGUGGGGCUGCUGGUGGGAGCCUCAAUGGGGCAGUUCAUCAUCAGCUAUUUCACUAUUGUGGCAGUGGUGGCGACAGGAGUCAGAGGGUAUCUGAAUGCUCUCAACCUGUCCUGGACUGUGCUGCUGGUGCUCCAGCUUUGCCUGCAGAAUUAUUUUAUCAUUGAAGGCCUCCACCGUGAACCGUUCCAUGUGAUGCAGGAAGCAGCUCUACACACAAAUGCCCAUGCCUUCCAGGAACAUCCAGAAAUGAGCUUUGCAAUGGAGAGCCACAAGUCCAGCUACAUGACUUUGUGUCCUAAGCUGAGUUGGAAGAGAAGAGUUCUGAAGGAAAUCUGUGCCUUUUUACUACUUGCCAACAUAAUUCUCUGGAUCAUGCCUGCUUUCGGGGCUCGUCCCCAGUUCGACCACUCUGUUGAGAUAAACUUCUACAAAUACACAAUGUGGACUGCUAUUGUGAAUAUUGGACUGCCUUUUGGGAUCUUCUAUCGUAUGCACUCUGUUGCCAGUCUCUUUGAGGUGUACUUAAUCUCUUAGCUGGACUUGCUUGCAAUGUAUCUGUUUUAUGAACUAAACACUUUUAAAUUUAUGUUAAUAAAUAAAUUGUUGGAAAUGUUUCA